CCAGCCUUCAGACCUCACUCUGGAACAUUCUCCCAUGAAGAGGUGGUAGGCAUUGCUGUCCCCGCCAGCCAGCACCUAGCCAGAGAGCACAGACAUGCAGCCGUCUGUGUACAUGGAUACCGUGUAUGCGGAGAAGCAGAAGCUGGAAAAGGCGGAGAAGAAGGAGGGUAUCUGCCUGGAAGUAGUGGCCCUAGUCGUCGGCUUCAUCGGCCUGAUCGGCGUGUCAGCCGUGACAGGGCUUCCCAUGUGGAAGGUGACGGCCUUCAUCGGGGAGAACAUCAUCGUCAUGGAGACGCGCUGGGAGGGCCUUUGGAUGAAUUGCUACCGGCAGGCCAACAUCCGGAUGCAGUGCAAGGUGUACGACUCACUCCUCUACCUGCCGCCAGACUUGCAGGCGGCUCGCGGACUCAUGUGUACUGCAGUGGCUCUUACCUGCUUCGCUAUGAUAAUUUCAGCAGUGGGCAUGAAGGGCACCAAACUGGCAGCCCACAGCCCCCGACUUAAGCAUCUGAUCCUUGUAGUGGGCGGCUGCCUCUUCCUGGCCGCCUGCAUCGCCACCCUCAUCCCCGUCUCUUGGACUGGUCAUGUCAUCAUCCAGGACUUCUACAACCCGCUGCUGAUCAACGCUCAGCGCCGCGAGCUCGGGGAGGCGCUCUACAUUGGCUGGGUGACCUCCGGCAUACUCUUCGCCGCCGGCAUGAUCCUCGUGUGUCGUCAUGCGCCUCGCACACAGGACGAAUACCUGCAGAAAAUGUACAAGGCUGGCUCGGUACCUUACUCCUACACCUACAGACCGGACUACACCUACCAGCCUGCGUACACCUACAAACCCGCGUACAACUACCAGCCAGCAUAUUCCUACCAGGCUGUCCACUCCCCCAUACCCCCUCCAGGGUCAGUCAUUUACGCCGCUGGUCCUCAGUACAUCUGAACCAGGCUGCUCUUGAAAGGGGAUCCAUGGACCAUGUGCAGGAGAUACGUGGGUCUGGGAAAGAUGGAAAAAAAGAAUCUGGAAUGCAACGGACCACAAAAAACUGCUUUAAAUUUUUGCUUAACUCUUCAUUGAGACUCUGUUGGUAUUGAGGUCAGAACAAUAGCAAUACGCACACCUGCGUUACAUGGUGACUAUUUUGUAUAUGUUAAUUGCUUAAUUAAUCACAGAAGUUGAUUAGAUGAGGGGAAGUUGGGCAAAUAGCCUGUUUAUAAAUGACCUCAAUGUGAUUUCAUGUUUAUCAUAACCAUAGACCUGUGGCUUCAUUAGAAAGAAUAAAUGUAAUAUUAAAGCCUUAAUUGUUUAGUGACUUAGCAAACACCAAAAGACAUCAAAUGAUACUCCUGGUUUACUUGACUUCAGAGUAGAAUUUGCAUGCUUCCAUUGUUUUUACAAGCAGUUUAUCAGAGUACAAAUGCCAAUCUGUAUGUGUGAGCAUUUUUGCCUCAAAAUACAGAGUGAAAGACCGACUUGGUGAGGCGGAUGAUAAACAUAUACAGGUUUGCCUGCUUUGUUGUUCAGUCUUUCUUUAUGCUGUAUGGUUUGUCAUAGGUUCACAUCAGCUGUGAUGGUGUGAUAAUAAAAGUUUUUGGUAUAUUUACACA